AUGAGGACAAGAACACAAAUAAAGGAGUUUUUUACAACAAGCCAUUCCUCUGGAACUCAGGAUGUGUUCUCUCUGCUGUCCCAGUUUCUGCACCCCCCUCCCCCACUGAGGGGUGAAGGAUCAGUGUCAGGUUACAGCAAUGGACCUCUAUUACACCAUCUAAUGCCAGGAAGAACCUUACCUUCCACGUUUGUAAGACGCCGAGGCCAGGCCCGGAGCUCUGCUGUGUGCAUUAUGUCUCCGAAUCACCUCGCUCUCCUACUCUCACGGCACAUGCGUAUAACCCCACUCUGGGCUAGCAUCCAGCCUAUUUUGCAUGAGUCUACAAAGACUUGCCAAGGACCACCUGCAGGAGGGCACAUAGACGAUGAUUUGAUUCAGGUGAAUUAA